AUGACAAAACUGGUCCCUUUUUUAUGUUUUCAAUUUCUUUCGACUACUUUAUUUGUUUUUAAAAAAUCGAAACAGGCUGAAAAUCUUCUUCUUGAUUCUGAUCUGAAUAUCAAGUUAGCUGAUUUUGGCUUCUCCAACUUAUAUGGCGGAAGUAAGAAACUCGACACUUUUUGUGGUAGCCCACCAUAUGCCGCACCUGAGCUUUUUCAAGGAAAGCGCUACACUGGACCUGAAGUUGACGUAUGGUCUCUGGGCGUUAUACUUUACACACUUGUCAGUGGUUCUCUUCCUUUUGACGCGCAGAAUCUCAGGAAGUGUUUUGAUCUCUUCGCAACUUGGUAG